AUGCACCUUAAUGGAAGAUACAUUCAUACAGCUAAACGUACUGCAGUUGUAGUUGGUAGCAUAAUCAUUCCAAAGUAUUGUGAUCCUAAGACAGUUUACACACCAAAGGACAUACAAACUGACAUGUUGUCCCAACACGGAGUGAACCUAAGCUACAUGCAAGAAUGGAGAGCAAAGGAAAAAGCUUUACAGUUUUUGAGAGGUCAUCCAGCUGAGUCCUACAGCAAAUUACCAAAAUAUUUUUAUAUUUUUGAGAAGACAUAUCCUGGUUCAGUUGUUAAAUUGAAGAAGACAGCAGAUGAAUGUUUCUUAUAUGCAUUUGUUGCUCUUUGUACAUCAAUAAGUGGUUGGGAAUAUUGUAGACCAGUAGUAGUGGUUGAUGGGACAUUCUUAAAGUCAGCCUACAGGGGGAUUAUGCUGAUAGUAAGCACAAUGGAUGCAGCAGGUACAAUAUUGCCUUUGGCAUAUGAUGUGGUUGAUUCGGAAAAAGACGCAUCGUGGAAGUGGUUUUUGAGCAAUUCAAGCAAGCAUAUGGUGAAAGAACUUCAAUCACGGUCAUACACUCUGGAUGAAUUUAAUGAAAGGAUGUCGAAGAUUGAAGAGAUAGACCCGCGUGUUAAAUCAUACCUCAAUGAUAUUGGCUAUCAUAAAUGCUCACGAGUACAUGCAACGGUGAAUAGAACUUGGAAUAUGACAUCAAACAUUGCAGAGUCGUUGAAUGCUGUAAUAAAAGAUGCAAGAGAGCUGCCAAUAUUUGACCUAUUAGAGUAUAUGAGGACACUUCUUGAACGUUGGAUGAACAAGAAGUUAUUGAAAGCAAAGGGUACUUUCACAUUCCUUGGGUCCAAAUUCAACAAAGAAUUGGAGAACAACAGAACAUUAUCUCAGAAACUUAGGCGAUACAUUGUGUGUCUUGAAAGUAAGAAAUGUAGCUGUGGCCAGUUCCAACUUGAUGAACUUCCAUGUGUGCAUGCUUUGGCAGCUUUAAGGCACAUGAAUGAAACUUAUAAAAACUAUUGCUCUCCGUAUUACACAAAGGAGAGUCUACUGCAUACGUAUGAAAUACCAGUAAAUCCCCUUCCUGAUGAAAGCAAAUGA